AUGGCCGACGCAAAGGAAUUCACCUUCCAGGAGGUUAGCGCUCACAACACCAAGAAGGACCUUUACAUGGUCAUCCACGACAAGGUCUACGACUGCACCUCCUUCGUCGAUGAGCACCCUGGUGGUGAGGAAGUCCUCCUCGACGUCGGUGGCCAGGACGGCACCGAGGCCUUCGAAGAUGUCGGACACAGUGACGAGGCCCGUGAGAUCCUGGACGGUCUCCUGGUCGGCAAGCUGAAGCGCAUGCCCGGUGACCCUGCUCCUCGCUCCCAACCCCAGUCUUCCUCCGGUCCCUCGGGCUCCAGCGACAGCGCCGGCAUGGGUGUCGGUCUCUACGGCAUCGUCCUGGUCGGUGGUCUGAUCGCCUACUUCGCCUACCAAUACCUCCAGAAUGCUUCCGCCGCUGAGACGCAGUAA